CGCAACUUGUAUCGCCUGGUGUCUUGCUUUCAACUAGAGGGUUAAUGGCGUUAACGGUGCGCAGUUACCACGCUUCACUUUUCGGCAAGCAAGAGCGCUCGGACUGCACUGUGUCAUUCUAUGUCGAGAGGAAUGAUACAUGCUGUACCCGGGCAGAGAAGCAGCAAAAGCUUGCAGCAAACCAGUGCCCUGGCACGGCUUCCACCCGAGUAGGAGACCUGCUGCCCGCACACCAGAUUAUCCUAUGCCCUGGAUCAGCCUAUUUCCAAGCACAGCUGGAUAGGUGGUCUGCGGAGCAUGAGCGGGGCAGCAAGCCGCUGUUGCGUGUAACGCUAGGGAGCAAGGAGGACCUGCCCCAUGCUACUAGGGCAAUCCGCUUUAUCUACACCGGCGAGCUGGAAACAGCCACAGCCAGCGACCUGCUGCACGUUCGGCGGUUGGCUUGCUUCUUGCAAAUCGAUGACUGCACAAGCGCUUGCGAGGCAAGCCUGCUAGCGCUGAUCGCUUCACCACAAAAGGACAGCAACGGUGCAUGUAGCAGCAGCGGAUUGCUGGCUGGUCUUUCGGAGUUAUACUCAUGCCGCGAGCUGCUGCCUCAACCGGACGAAGAUGCGGGCGCGGCAAGCUUCUUGGACCGACUGUUUAACGCUUGUCGGGAAACGCUAUCGCAGCAUUUCCGCAGCAGCGCUGGUGCAGGACCCGCUAGCAAGACCGAGCUCCUCAUUUGGCUAUACCCAGACGCGCCCUAUGUGCUGCGCAAUCCCUCCGUUCGGCGGCACGUGCUUUCACUGCCCUUUAGCGCUAUGUUAGCGCUGCUGGGCAGCACGGCCUUCGCAACCGACAGCGAGGCUUCCGUGCUGCUGAUGCUUUCGGAAUGGCUGGAAGACAACAUCCACACCAAGAAGUACGAGUGCAUCGCGCUUUGCAAGCUGCUCCGGCUAUGCCAGCUGGAUCGGGGCUUCCUCCUCGGAAUCCUGCCGGAACUCCGGUGGUUCCCCAUCACCUUGUACGAGUGCUACUUCUUGCAGCAAUAUGCCAUGGCGGCCGAGGCCGUGCGCUAUAUGCUGGCAUCGGAAGCAAGGGGGAAGUACGAUUGCACCUCGGCCUGGUACAACCCCGAGCCUCGGCCACGUCCAAGCUUUGGCGUAGCACCUAGCAGCACCACUGUCACCAGCAACGGCACCCACUGGAACUAUGGCCCCAGCAGCCCCAGCUGCUGGAACUAUGGCCCCAGUAGCCCCAGCUACUUGGACUAUGCUCCGUACUACAAUCCGUACUACAAUCCGUACUACAAUCCGGGCAUCAGCUUCAGCAGCAGCAGGCGUUACGAGUGGUACAUUAAGCAGGAGGACUUGGAGAAGCAGCUGGCCGAUAUGGAAGCUGGAACUUCCUAUCAGGUUGGGAUUGUUGGCAGCUUCAGCAGCGGCGUAUCUCACCUGGUGGUGAAUGGCUUGGCGCUGCGCCCAGUCCUAAAGUACUAUAAAGGCGGGUCUGGGGUAUCCGUGGUCGUGGAGGGCUCUUUCCCUGCCGGCCUGCGCCUCCCCAACCCGAAGGAGCUGGUGGUCACGCUGGACCCCUUUGCGGUCGGCAUGGAGGUCUACCGCUGGGCCGAGAACGGCAGCCGAACGGAUGCCUGGUGCACAGACAUUACGGUGGCUAACGUGCCGCUGUCUGGCCUCAACGGUAAAGCCGGUCAGGAGUUUGGCUUGCUUGGUGGGGUUCCGCUGCUCGCUGCUGCGGGGGCGGCAGCGGCUGGAGCAGCGCCGGUAGCUACUGCUUCCGCUACGGCAGCGGCUGAGGCGCCGGCUGCUGCUGAGGCGGCCGCUGCAGCUGAGGGUUCGGCGGCCAACGGAGCCAAUGCUGCCGGUGCUGCCGGCCUGCUGGCGCGGUGGGCGCCGUACCUGCAUGAGGGCAGGAUCACGGGAGCUCUGGUGUGCAGGUGGUAGGGGGUUGCUGUUGGAUGGGGGAGGCGGUGUAGAAGCCCAUGUGGUGGGACGUGCAUGGUGCACAGUGCUUGAAGUGCAGUCCUGGUGUGGAAUGGCUGGUAGGUGCCUCGGGAUGGGCCUGUAGCUGCUGACAGGGAAGGCGAGCCCGCAGGGGUCAAGGGAAGAUGAGUGGGGUGCAUGGGUGGUGUAUGAGUGGUGUGCAUGGGUGCUCUUGGUGAGGUAGGCAACGUGCCAUCGCAACACGGUAGAGCGCGCGUUUGGUAGGCUUCAUUACCAUCGUUAAGAGUACCAGACGCAGGAUGUUUGCGUGGUGCUGGCAGCGUAGCUUGAGAGCUGCAUGUGUGUGCGUGGCUACUGCUGUUCAUUGGGGAGCGCUUCUGGCGAUCUACCUACUGGACUUCUAGGUAGGGUAUAGCUUUCAGUCUGGGCUUAGUUUAGCUUAAAUAUUUUGGAGGACUUGGAAAUUGUCCAGUUGCAGAGCUGUUGCUGAGAUGUAUUGUGGGGAUGGUGGUAUUGUGCCCUGUAUGUUGAGUAGCUGCAGGUAGCCAGGUAGACAGGCUGCACUGUUAGGUAGCAUCCGUGAAUGAAAUCCUUAGUCGGAAAUUCUAAGUGUGAAGCAAUUGGUGUGCGCCAAUGUGCAUCACCAAGAGCGACCGUACUUGCGUCACUAGUACGCGCAAACGUCGUCAUGCAUUGCCAUGCAUGUGUACUUAUUUAGAGGGUUUGAUCAGAGCUGGUUAAUAUACGCUUCGGCCAUUAUCUGCCAGCUAGGAGAGUUACGCAUUAAUCGUUCACGUGGAAGAGUGGGGUGGACGUUUCAGGGAACUCCAUAUUCAAGCAUUGGGCUGUGUGUUGUUUGGGUGGGUGCGUAGAGUGGUGUUUUGUGCGACGAGUGUGGAGUGCCCGGGGACAUGGUCCCUACACAAACCUGGCUGCAAACGCUUGGUGGAGAGUCACGAGGUCCUGUGAGGAUAUUAGUAAGCUGAAUACGGAGACGCAAUCCAUGAUGACGAUUGUUACAAGUUGGCCGUACAGCAGGGUACGGAAACGGUAACCUCUUACGGUGGUAACGGUAUUAACGUCUUUAACCAUGUUGACAAAUACGCC